AUGGUGCCGCGACCCGGAAGUACUACUUCGAAUGACGGGCUAACGAUCCAAGAGGCAUCGGAGGCAGGUGCGCAGUCGGCCGGAAGGCCGCCGACCUCAAGAGAUCACAGUGAGAGACCUGUCGCGUCGUGGAGCUCUGAGGGAACCUUCACGACAGGCCACGGGGCCAGCGACGACCAGGAGGGCUACGAAGAACAGUUUGCCGUUCCCGAUGCGGCUCCCGACGAGGGAGCCGCGAAGGGCCGCGACGCAAGUCGCGGUCCUACCGGUCGGAAGCCUGCAAAGGCCGACGACCAACAACAACCCACCGCCAAGGCAGCCACGAAGCGCAAGUCGCCCAAGAGGAAGGAGAAGAAGAAGCUGCGCGCGCCGGACUCGGCGGAGGAGUCGCUGUCCAAGCCGCAAGGCAAGGACACGGGACGUCAGUACACCGUCGAGGAAGUACGGUACGUCGUGGCGCGCACGGAGCUCUUCCGUCUGCUAGAACAAGACCCAAUCUUGGUCUUCCUCAAGCCCAUGCUGAUGAGCAACUUCACAGGCCCCUUCGUGGCGCCGGACUUCGAUAGUCUCACCAGCGUCGCCCACGCCGCGCCGACUCUCUUCCAGAUGCUGUGUGACUCGGGGUUCGUGCUGGGGGCUUUCGAGAUGGAGAGGCUGUGCGAUUGGGACCUCAAAUCUUGGUUACGUGCGAUUCGCGUCGUGCAGGAGCCCUUGAUGAUUCUCGCCGGAUCCGUCAAGCAAGACGCGACGAGUUCCGCGACGGGCCAAGACGCGCCGAGUUCCUCGGCGGGCCCAGCCCAGACUUCGACGACCACGCCCUCGCCUCCACCUCGAUACCAAUCGAGCAUGGACUCCGACAGCAGUUUCGAGUCGCCCAAGCGCAUGCCCAUGAACCGGCCGCUGCGCGUCAUGCAGCUAUCCGCGGCGCCCGCGCGCACGGAGGUGACGAAACCCGCCGAGGAGGUGCUUCCCAAGGCCUUGAGAUAA